AGUCUAGGCUUUUUUUUUUUCCCUCUUACCGUCGGCUUGUGGUGAUUUGAGCUCCAUCUCGAUUCUUAAAAACAUUGCAGAGGAAGCGACGUUUCUUUUAUUCUCCCCAGUCUUCCCUCUAUCGAUAGAUGGCGGCUGAUUCGCCCACGGCUGACCGAAAAGUGGUUGUUCAUCUGAGGGCGACUGGCGACGCUCCUAUCCUUAAACAAGCCAAAUUCAAGAUUUCCGGAAGCGACAAAUUCUCAAAGGUCAUUGAAUUUCUCCGCCGACAACUUCACCGUGAUACUUUGUUUGUAUAUAUCAACAGUUCGUUUUCACCAAACCCAGAUGAAUUGGUGAUUGAUCUCUAUAAUAACUUUGGAUUUGACGGUAAGCUAGUUGUUAACUAUGCUUCUUCCAUGGCAUGGGGCUGAGCAAGAUCUGCUGCUAUAUCAAGACAAGAAAUGCUUAGUUUUAGCAUCCCAAACUUGAUGAAAAGAUCGUUGGCAAAUAUUGUUUUAGAAGCUUGGGAUUCUUGUAGUCUUGUGUCAGAAUUGCGUUUUUUUUUUUUUUGGAUAUUUCUGUUUUCGAUUUUAUUCGUUAUUUUAGCCUAAUUUGUUUUGGUUGGUAACCUGGUAAAUGUUGUCAUAGUUUAAGUAAGUUUCAUGAUUUGUUAAAA